AUGUCGAACACAAAAACUAAAAAAGGUGAAAGUGGUGGUAGCAAAAAGAAACAAAUUACAAAUGAAGUUGUUACGCGGGAAUAUUCUGUUAAUUUACAUAAACGACUACAUGGCAUAGCAUUCAAAAAACGUGCACCACGAGCAGUCAAAGAAUUGAAAAAAUUCGCUGAAAAAAUGAUGAAAACACCUGAUGUUCGUAUUGAUUCAAAAUUAAACAAGGAAAUUUGGUCACAAGGAAUUAAUCAUGUUCCAUAUCGUGUUCGAGUACGAUUAGCUCGUCAACGUAAUGAAGAUGAAGAUUCACCAAAUAAACUCUAUACAUUAGUGACAUUCGUUCGAGUACCUUCAUUUAAGGGAUUACUUACUACUAAUGUUGACAAUGAAUAA